GACGAUCUCACAUAAAGUCACUUGCUAAACAAAUACAGCUCCCUUACAGUUCGUUUUAAACCGAAUCCUCUCACUCAAUAUGUUGGCUUGUAUAACAGUAUAGCCACAGUUUAUGACCUCAUCAUAGUCCAUGGGACAAACUAAUUCCCCACCACCUUUUCCCAUAUGAUCAGCUGGUGUUUAUUGAGCACAUGUGCUUAUGACGUUAAAAGAGAGGGUGAAGAAAAACGUGAGUCAAAAACCUACGUAAUUUUCCGAAAAUUGACGGAAACAAGUAUUUUGGUUGUCGCUGAAAUUGCGCUGGAAUCCCCGGUUUAGUGAGGCGAUUCACAGAACUUAUGAAUUACAUUUCAUAAAACAAUCUACGAAUAUGGCUAGUGAAACGAUGAAUUUAUUAAUGAAUCCAAUUCUUAUUGGAACGAAAUUUAUUCAAGAGAAAAUAAACAAACUUUUUGAAGGAAAACCAGCCUGGCAAAUUGUCCUUUUAUCAUGUGGCACCACAAUAAUUCUUAUAAAGUUGCACGAUUUACUUGAAUCUGAAGAACAUUUAACCUUGAGGAUUAAGAGAACAUUAUUUAAAAUGUUGAGGAAAGUACCUGCUGUACAGAGGAAAGUAGACAAGUCACUGAAGGAAACUGCCCAACAAAUCAAUGAGAGUAUCAAACAUUCCAUUAAUUCAGAACCAUAUGUACAGGUUGUGCCAGAGAAAGGAUUUUCUUCAGAAGAGGUCAUGAAAGAAGUGCAAAGGUAUCGUGCCUAUGGUGUUGUUGACUGGAAAAAAGGCUGGUGUUCAGGAAUGAUUUAUGGAUCAAAUGAGGAGCUUACAAAACUGCUGGCUAAAGUUUAUGAAAUAUUUGCCUUCAGCAACCCUUUACAUCCAGAAGUAUUUCCCGAUAUUCGUAAGAUGGAAGCAGAAAUUGUACGCAUGACAUGUAAUUUAUUCAAUGGAAGCUCAGCAAGUUGUGGCAUUGUUACAACUGGUGGUACUGAAAGUAUAAUGUUAGCCUGCCUAGCUUACAGAAACAGAGCCUACAGCAAAGGCAUAAAGAUUCCUGAGAUAAUUGCUCCAAAGACUGCUCAUGCUGCUUUUGAUAAGGCUGCCAUGGUGUUACGAAUGAGGCUUACUCAUAUUCCAGUAGACCCUGUUACAAAGAAAGUUGAUGUUAAUGCUAUGAAACGAGCCAUCAAUAGAAACACAUGUCUUUUAGUUGGUUCGGCCCCACAGUUUCCACAUGGUAUUAUUGAUCCAAUAGGAGAAAUUUCUGAGCUUGGUUUAAAGUACAACAUUCCAGUUCACUGUGAUUGUUGUUUGGGUGGUUUCCUUGUUCCAUUUCUGGAGAGAGCUGGUUUCCAUAUGGACCCAGUUGAUUUCCGUCUCCCUGGUGUAACAAGUAUUUCAGCAGACACACACAAGUAUGGCCAAGCGCCUAAAGGCUCUGCUGUUUUGGUGUACAAAGACCCCAGCUAUCGUAAAUUCCAGUGGUUUAGCAUUACAAAUUGGCCCGGUGGAAUAUAUGCUACUCCCACAUUUGCAGGUAGCCGAGCAGGCUCAGAAAUUGCUUCUUGUUGGGCAACUAUGAUGUUUACUGGUAUGGAAGGUUACGUUGAUGCUGCCUGGAAAAUCAUCUCUACAGCACGAGCUAUGGCUAAAGUUAUGAAAAACAUCCAUGGUAUUGAGGUACUAGGUGAUCCUAAGAUGUCUGUUAUUGCUUUUACUUCAAAGGAGUUUGAUAUCUAUCGUUUGUCUGAUGCACUUACUGCAAAAGGCUGGACUCUGAAUCCACUGCAAUUUCCUCCUAGUAUUCACAUGUGUGUCACCUUGGCACACACUAAACCUGAGGUUGUAGAACGCUUUGAGAAAGAUGUAGCUGAGUCAGUUGAAGUCAUUCGACAAAAUCCCUCUGAAAAAUGUCAGGGCGCGGGUGCACUCUAUGGCAUGUCCCAGACUAUUCCAGACCGUUCUAUUGUUGAAGAUGUCACUGGUAUCUACUUAGAUGCUAGCUAUGAUACAACAAACCACUGAACUUCAUCUUUUUGUUUCAAAGCCAAUACAUUUUAGCCCAGCUCUA